ACCCAGGGCUGAAAAGCAGAGCCUUUGCACCAACCUGGGCCUACGGGGCUGUCUCUGGGCCUCGGUGUGCUCAUCCGUACUAUGGAGGCGGGUGGCCUCAGACCAGCGUCCGGGGCCCCCAGGCGGACCCUGGACCACCCGGACGGGAUGGGGCACGACACCGGGUUCUCAGAAUCCCACAGCGCAUCAGCGACGCUGUCCCGCCCCGCGGCCAGGACAGCAGGAGGCGGAAGCGAGGGUGGAGGAAGGUUCUCUCCGCUGGGAAUCUGGGUCCAGACAGCGGGUGUCCAGACAGAGGCCCACCCGCUCCCAGGUUGGGAGGGGGGAGGUGUCUGGGUCUGGGCAAAUCAGAGGGUGGAGGGCGCGUCUGAACACCCCAGGGAGGCAGCUGCCUGGGGACCUCCCGAGGCCGGCGCGGUCCAACCCGUUCCCCAAGCCUCCCAGCCCGGGGCGGGGCGGCCAGGGCCCAAGGCCGGCUCAGCCUCGGGGGUCCAGGCCCCGCCUGCGCCCAGGGCCCGGGCGCUGAGGGGUGGGGUGGGGUGCCAUUAUCUGGCGCGGCCAGGCCCGCAAGGCUCAGGCUCACGUGGCCGCGGCUCCUGGCCUCCCAGGUCUCAGGGCCGCGGCGCGGGCGGGCAGAUAAGCCGGGCGCUCCCAGAGCCUGUCCGGCGCGGGCCGGGCCGGGCCGAGCUCCCCGCGGGCCACCCCCCCCCCCCCCCCCACUCCCCGGCCGGCCCGGCCCACUUGGCCCAACUUCCUCUCCAUAAAAGGCGAGGUUUGGGAGCGCCCGGGGAGGGGGCGUUGGGCUCACACGUGGGGCCCGGAGCUUUGCCGGGGCCGCCCCCCACGUCCUCCGGCCCUCCCCCGGAGCCGCCUCGCCCCUGCCCCUGGCGUCCCGCGGACCACCAUCCCGACCUCGCUCUCCUCCUCCGGCCCGGCCCUGAGCGCCCAGCACUCUGUCCCCACUUGGCCUUGGAACAGCUCGAGGCCCCCCACAGCCGGGCGGGUCCGCGGAGGGCGGGGUCGGGCAUCUAGGAGCGUCGGGAAGACCAGCGGGGCCGGGGGUCACCCUGUAACUCGGCUCGGUGCGGAUGCAGACGAAUCGUACUUGCGGCGGCCUGUAACGUGCAUUUUAAUACCGCUAGAGCUUGGGGUGCCUCUUCCCGAUUUUACGUGUCGCCCAGCUCGCCUGUGGCCUUGGGCGCACGUUAAGUCUGCGCGCAGCCUCAGUUUCCCCGUCUGUUAACCCGGGGAGAGGCUUUUCCUCUGCUGGGUUUGCGCGACUAAACCGCAGCGCCCCACCGGGCCCGGCGCGGGGCUGGAGCAGAAGCGGGCAGGGGGCGGAGCCGUUUCCCGCCCGCACGCCCCCCUCGCUCCUCCGGGAGAGACCCCGCACCGCUGCGUUGAGGAAGAGGGGAAGUGGCGCCAAGAGACAAACAGUGGGUGCUCAAUAAAUGCAGCGCCGCCCCACCCCCACCCCGCCCCUCAGGCUUGUUGACAACUGUAAUUAAAUCACAAAGUUUCCUUCGGAAUGCAAGCUGGUGCAGCCACUCUGGAAAACAGUAUGGCGGGUCCUCAAAAAACUAAGAAUAGAACUACCCUACCACCUAGCAAU